GUUAGAAGGAAAACAUCCCGUCAGUGCAUUGGUGGAAUAUGCAGAUGCUUGUAGGGUAGUUGCAAGAUUCAAAGAGGAAGCCAAAUGGAACCCUCCUUACUGUCAAACUGUUUUGUCUAGAGUUGCUGUUUACUUUCUGGAGGAAGGGUAGACGUCGUGUGUAAAACUAGUAAUCCCCGAGGUAAACAAUUACAACCCAAAAUGUGCCGAUAAAGGCUGGUUAUAUCAUAUAAUCUCACUUCAUUUUACCUAAGAUAAUCCAUUGUCUCCGACGAUGUAGGAUUUACUAUAGAUUUGUUUGUUUUGAAAAUCUCGUUAGUGUAUCUACAUACGUUUUUACAUGACGGGUGAAAUGCCAUAUUAAUGGCAUGGUAAUUACACGGGACUAAUAGAACCUUACAUGGUCAUGGUCCACGGACAGAGGUAUCACAAGCCUAAUGUAGGAACUUCGCUUGAAGACACGAGGCUUGCCAAGUGAUGGCUACCUAAACUCUUACGAAUAGGUUGUGAUAUCUCUGUCGACGGUAAUGGCCUAUGCCUGAUUGUUUUUCUCACAUUCCAAAAAGUGUAACAAAUUGGUUUUUAAGCUGCAAAACCUUUUCAUCAAUGUGCGUUGAAAUCGAUAACAUGGUUACGCGACAUAAAAUGAAGACGUUACGCUAUCAUGUUUGACGUCGUAGCGCGAACCAGCUGGGUUAAUCUACCCCGUGUGAGUUCGAUUUAUCCCAUUCCUAGCAACCAUCCGAUCACCCUGUGAAGUAUACUAACCUUCUACAACAUCAGCUUAGUGUGUCUCUCAAUGCUUUAGAGAUCGUAUUAUGUUACAUUCCAUAUUAUAUUACGGUGUCAAUGCUGUGAUACAGAUUAUCUAUUCUGUCCCAGAUACACAAUGCGAGCUUAUAUAGGGGACAGAAUGUUAGCUGAAGGGACUGGUGGCAGCAAAAAAGUUGCGAGAAGGAAAGCCGCGGAGGCAUCUCUUGAUAUGUUGAAGUUUUCAUCGGUCUCGCUCACUAUGAGCGAGUCUUUGACCUUCCAUGACAAAAUCGCUAAACUCUGUCAUGAGAAGUUUGACACAGUGGUAGCAGACAUACCUGUUUACCUUGCUGACUGGAAGGUUCUAGCGGGAGUCGUCAUGGAAUCAAAAACUAACAAGACGUUUGAAGUUAUCAGUUUGGCAUCUGGGAGUCGCUUUAUCACAGGAGACGCACUGACAACAGACGGACAAGUGCUGGUGGACUCGCACGCAGAGAUCCUUGCUUCUCGGGGAAUGAAAAGAUUCUUUUAUCACCAUAUAAAAAAGAUCUGCAUGGGACAAAAGUCAAAUAUCCUUCAAAUAGGUGGGCAGGGAAAGGUUGAGCUAGCAUCUGAUAUCGAACUUCACCUGUAUAUUUCCACCGCGCCCUGUGGAGACGGAGCAUUGUUUACGCACAGUGCUGGACUGUCAGUUGGAGAAAACGGUCAUAAUCCAACAUUCGGUAAUAAAAAGCAAGGACUACUACGGACAAAACUCGAACAAAGCGAAGGACAGAGUCCGACCCCAAAAGUGAUUCAGCAGUACCAGGAUAUGAACGCAUUGAGAUGUGGGAAACGAUUGCGUGUCAUGUCUUGUAGUGACAAGCUCUGCAAGUGGAACCUUUUAGGAGUGCAAGGAGCGCUUCUGGCCAAUAUGAUGGAACCUGUGUACUUCAGCUCCAUUACAUUAGGAACUCUUUACAACCACGGACACAUGGCAAGGGCAAUGUGCUGCAGGCUGGAAAAGAACUGUCCGAUAGGAUCUUUACCACAUGGUUAUAAGGUAAAUCAUCCCUUACUUGGUACUGUAUCUCGGAAGACAGCUCCCCAACGAAGCGUCAAGAAAUUGACACAUAGCGUUAACUGGAAUAGUGCGGACGGUUGCCCAGAAAUGACGGAUGGAACAACAGGCCUACUACACAACAGUGGAUAUAGCAAAACAACGUUAACCACGACCAAAUCAAGACUGUGUAAACGAGAGCUGCUGCGGUCCUAUAAUGAAAUAGGUACGGAUGUAGGCUUACGGACCCUUGUCAAGAAUGACUACCUAGCGACUAAACAAACAUCUACGCAAUACCAGCGCUGCAAGAAAUCCCUGUAUGCAGCCUUACACAGCCAGGGGUAUGGGACAUGGUUAGGACUUCCGAGAGAAUGCCAGGAAUUUUCAACGUCUCCCAACUGCUUUCCGUCGUAUCGCGCACCUAGGUAAUUGGUCCAAAUUAAAAUGCAAUGAUUGAUUAUUCACCUCGGGUAAAGGCAUUGAGGCCGUCGUUAAUACGGCGCCAUUUGUGGAGGUCGUUCCUUAUUGCGGAGCUACAUUUUGUUUCUCGAAAUAAAAUAGCAGAGCAAUAUUUAUAACUUGGAAAUAGAUUGUCUCUACAAUGAUCUGUAUACUCGUAAUACUAUGUUAUUUGCCUGAAAUCAUCUAAAAAGAUACACAUUUUCAUAUAUCUUUUUUCAGUUGUUUUUAUUUAUAUAAUAAUUCCCUAAGGCUAGGGAAAUAAAUAGUUUAACCAUUGGUGGUGCAUUUGAUAUUUUUAAUAGAGUUAUGUUCUGAAGAUAAUAAUUAUAUUUCACCAGCAAUUCUCGUCAAAGCUCAGAAAACUUUUGGAAUACUCCUAAUAUAUCUACAUCCCAUUAGUCCUUUGAUACUUUUUCAUAAAUCUAUAUAUUUACAUCACUCCCUUAUUAAUCUUAGUAAACUUUGACUGCGAAUAAAUUAGCGUAAAUUCAGUGAAAAAAAAAGAUGAAUAAGCGCGGGAACCGGUAAAAUAUCAUUAUGACGUGGUAUAUUUGUGACGUAACAGUAACGUCAACAAGGAGGCGCCAUUUUGAAAGGACAGACCAAUUCAAUAUUAGUGUUUAUUCCUAUUACUCGAUGAUUUCAAAAACACAAAAAGCAAACGUCAAGUGAGUAUUUUGUCAAAAAACUGAACUCAAUAUUUUGGAAAUGGCUGCAUAUUUAAUUUGUCCACGAGAACAACUGAAGCGUACAGCCCCUUCAAAACAUUUGAUCAUGUCACUGCUAAAUAUUAUAUAUACACGCUGUGCUUAUCAACCAUAGUCAUUCCGAGACAGAAAUUGUGGAUUGUGAAUAUAUCAAUUGAAAACAUAAAAGUAAUUAAACAAAAAUGGUGUUUCUUGAAAACAAUACUAGUGCCUUUAUGUAGAUUCACUAGAACUGUAUUAUCUUAGCAACCACAGCUGCCACAGUCACAUACGUCGCAACACAUCUCGACUUCAACUUUCUUCGUAAGGUAUUUCAACGAUUUGUUUGAUGUAGAUAUAUGCAUUGAACGGUGUUUUUAUUACGUUUAUGGUAAUAUGAACGCAAUGGGAUACACAAUAUAUAUGUAUGCAUCCAAUUGCUGUCACGAACUGAAAACACCGUUCAAUGAAUAUUUAAUGUUGUAGCAUCGAUUGAAAGAUGAUCCAACAAAUAAUGAUUAUUUACACUUAUAAAUGGUUGUUAAAACACUACAGUAAAAAUUUCCGAACAAUUUCUUUUAGCAG